CAGCCAUCAUCAAGUUCAACCUCCAUAGUGGACUGUAGUAAACACUGUACACCCGAUUCCGUGGUGCUGUCGUUAAGAUCGUGGAUUCGCAUGUACUUUGCGCGCUUUCUUGAUUCGGUGAACACUUUACCGUGUUCGCACCCGGAAGACAACUUCACUUCUGGCACUUCGAAGUUCGAAGUAGACGACGGAGUCCAUGUUUUUCAUGGACGCUGCAUGGGCUUGAUUACUCAUUUAUAAAUCAUUCAACCAAUCCCAUCACCAUGUACGCGUCACCAUUAUAUUUCCGCCAAUUCCACAUGGACGCCCGCACGGUGAACUACGCCAACACGGUGCUGGUCCGCCGUAGCAACCGCCAGUGGUGGUUGGGCUACGUGCAGGACAUGGACGGCGACCGUUUCCUUAUCGACUUCGACGCCAACAGCCUGCGCCGCAGAUGGAUCCCCUCCCGCCACGUCUGGCCACACCCUCUCCUCAGGCGGUCCUUCCCAUCACCGCAGGACCGUUCCGUCCACGUGGCAGUCCGGGAGGCGCCUGACGGCCCGAUGGUCUUCCGCCCCGGGACCAUCACCGACGAAGUGGCGGACCUGUUUCACGGGGUCUGCCUCCAGGGCGGCGACCCCACCGCCGCCGCCCUCAUCGUCGACCAGUGCCAGUUCGUCAGCCGACUGCCGCGCCGCACCAGUCAGCGAAGCUUUGCCAGCGGAAAUACGAACUUUGUCUUCCGGAAGCACGUCGUCGCCUUCGAGCAAGCGGAGGUAUUGCGGGAUGUGGCGCUCUUGCCGAAAUUCGUGGGGCGGACGUGCCGGAUCGCGCUGGGUCCGGGCGACACGGUGUGCGACACCAGCUGCCAGUUUGCCCGCUCGUGGGCAAUUGGCUCGGAGACCUCGACGUUCCACUGUGCCGGACUGCAUCUACCCACGCUUCCCACGGAUGUCCGGGCGAUCUAUACCUUCAAUGUGGGAUGCCGGGUGUUUUUGCGCGGGUGGGUACCGGGACGGUGACCUUUGUGUCCGCGGAGGUGCACGGGAAUGCCGCCGGACGGAGUAUGUUCUGGACCGAGGAGGCCCUGCGGGAGGCCUGCCACGAUUGCGUUGCAGCGCAACAGCCACGCCUACUGUCCAGUCUUAGCAGUGAAGAUGGCGUAAUGGACACUGCCCAAUCUGUAUUUGCAGACGAAGAAGCCCAUAUCAAUGAGCUUCCAUAUACGAUUCUGGCAGACAUUCUGCUUCAAGGCGAUAUGUUUACUCAACAGUGUCUAGACCGGGUCUGCACUCUGUGGAGAGCUCUUUUGGACGAUUACGCCGUGGCCCGACGGCGCCUCCGCGUUCUCGAUAUCUCACGGCUGCUCGCCGAAACCCCCGUGGACGAAGAAUUCAACAUAGAAUGCCACUAUCAAACUUACCAACUCGUGAUGAAGCUGGACCGCAGCUUGACCGUAUCGACGCAGACCCUAGCGUUAGUGGACACCGCGGGCUGUUUCGAUCCAACUAAGAAGCUAGAUGGGCGGGACGCAGCCGGACAAGCUCAUUGUAUGAAGAGGCACGAUUUCUUCCACAGAAUGAAGCUGAUCCGUCAUACGCUCAAAGCCCAAGAUCAUCGUGUCCCGCUGAUCGUCAUCAAAAACAGCGGCGAUCUUCCGGAAUGGAACUCGCUGUUGAUGGAAAUCGGGUACGAGGGAGAUGAGACUGACCAGUGCGAGUGUCGUGCGCUACACAAGCGGAUGGGUGCGUGUCAGCAGCUGCUGCUCGUCAACUACACCGCCGCCAUUCCAAAAGGUAUGCAUAAGUCAUUACUGGACAAGCUGUUCUAUUUCGGUGCCGGCGACCGGACAUGGUUGGAGGAUGGGCACCGGGUGGAGGAGGGGGAGUAUGAACGCGGCGCACAUCUGCCGAUCCGCAUUCCCUUCCUGCGCUUCCACUCCACCGAGUCGGCGGUGGAGCAGUGCCGGUGUCUUAUCGCGGCGGUCAAUGACAACUGCCCGGCUGUCAGUCAGCCGAUGCUCGGAAAGGUCACGGGAGUGUGGGCACGCUGGGUGCAGACGUUGACGUAUCCUGACCAAUGGACCGGCAUUCGCAUGUUCCUCAGCCUGUUCAACAGUAUUGGUCCGGAUGGCCGUCAUCAUUCGUGGGAUGAUGAUGAUUUGAAACAGCUGAAUGUGGCUGUGCUCAGCCGACUGGCCAUGCACAUUCUGGACGAAUACUUCCAAGACUGAUCGAGCAGACCAGAUGCAUACCACGGAUAAAACCUACAUGUUAUUUAGGUUCCAAAAAUGAUCAACCUAUGGUAUCUGUUGGUUGUGCUUUUUAUCCACUUAACGUCGAGGUAUGGAGUGUUGAAAACCUUAGGAAAGAAAACACAGGAAACAGUGUAGCGCGGUGUUGUGUCUUCUGUUGUUUUUUUUGCAACAGAACUCCGCAGACGGCACAAACAAGUUGCUGCCGUAUCUAUCGACAAAAUAGACGUCGUUUCUGUGUGCAUAGGUAUUUGUGCUUAGACUUUCUUUUGUCUGAGCUAGCAUAUUUGCUUUGCACAUUAUAUGUAGAUUCCGUGG